AUGUCGGGCCGCAGCGCAUAUGUGCGCAAGAAGAUCACGGAGACGAGGCCUGGCGAGAAAGGCGAGCGGGUCUCUGUCUUUCGGCCCCGGACCAAGUCUAUGGCCAGCUCCGACAAUGCUACGAUUAGCGAGUAUCCCAUCUCAGCGAUGCCCGUACUGCGUCCAGACCGCGAUCGCGACCGCGAGAGAGACCGGGACAUCACCGGGGUGGGCACGACGAACGCCCGCUUCCUGAAGUUUUCGGAGCCCGCUAGGGAAAGCGAGGCAAUAAGUUAUCGCAAUGACAUUGUCAGCUACGGAAACCAGAGCGGCGGGAGCCAGAGCGGUUCGAGCAUCGACGGGCGGAGAGAAGGCGCAGGCACAUCGCACUUCCACAGACCGCUUGAGGAUUUCGCAUAUGCCCGUGCCAGGAGACCGGCCAUCAAGACGGAAGAUGUGUCGGGCAUCGAAAAGUCGGGUCUCCGAAGCAUUUUGGACAAAAAAAGCGACGAAGUUAGAAAGGGGCUCGCUAAGACCUUUGCCUUCAAGAAGAAAGAUAGGAAAGGGGGGCUCGACAUCGAUAGGUCGAUGGAGUUCAGACCACAGUCGUCGGCAACCGUGCGACCUCCGGCUAACGGGACUGUUUAUGCCAACGAUUCGAACGACGGCUAUGAUGCCGAUAACUCUCCUGUCCAGUUCCAGGGCCAAGGCCAGAACCAGUGGGAUGAGUCGGGCAGCGUCGUAUCUGGGCCGCCGUCGGCCAAACUUCCUCUUGUGCCGCCACCAUCCAACGCGCCCCCCAUCAAGCGUUGGAUCGGCGCCGGGCGGCCUGUGCAGCGAUGGAACAAGCUACGGAAAGAUCCCGAGCUCUGGGAUCCCAACGGCGACGUGCUCGUAUUCUUCGGCAACAAGGGGCAAUCCCCUCGACCGAACCCUUCUUUCCGGCUAUCGUCGCACAUAAUUGAAGCCACCGAGUCCCGCUAUCUCAUUACACUCUUGCGCGAGGGUUCAACAGAAGAAGACAUACACAUGCCCCCUUCACCCAUCGGAGCGCCCCCAAUGUUGCACCGGCACGGUCACUACAACCAGCAGCACCUGGCCCCGCACGGUGGAGGCUACGGUCGCGGCGGACAGCCGACGCCACCGGUUUCUGAGGAUGCCAACCUCUGGGAGUCGGAUGGGCAGAUUUCGUAUGAAAUGUACUUCCCCACGCCGCCCAACAUGACCAAGAUUGACCAGGUACGACACCACAUCACGACACGGAACGUCUUUGCGCUUCUAUACCAUGCCUCGCUGGUCGGUCUAUCUCUUUAUCAGGCUCUGUCGGAUUUGCACUCCCGCCUCGAGUCGUACAUGCCUUCGGAAGCAGACAACAUCGGAACAAUUCUCAACUAUCUCUCGGCGCGCGGUAUCGACGACGUCCGAAAUGAUGCCGAGACCGCGGUCAGCCUUCUCGCUUGGAGCGAGGGUCACGAAGUCCGGUGGGAAGAGGGCUGGCGGGAGAGCUUUCUGCAUUGCGCAGGCAUGUAUUCACAGCUGGAAACAUGUGCCGACUUCAAGCACGUCACCCCGAUCACGCGGGCCCUGCUCGAGCGCGCCUGCCUCGAGACGCAGCUGCGUGUCCAGGCGGCCGAGGAACGCCUCGCGGCAUUCCAGUAUGCAGAUAUGUGGCCUGGCACUGUGGCAACUACUGCCAAUGCUAGCGGGCCUGUCGCGGCGGCGCCGGCGAAGGCCGCGGCAGACAGACUGCAGAAGUUCUUGCUGCAACACUACACUCGCUCGUUUGGAAGUUGGCCUCCACUUCCGAUGCCCCAAGGCAACGACCACUCGGCCAUUGGCACAGCCCACGGCGGGGCCGAGGGAGAAGAGGAAAUGUGGCUGACUAGAGCCGUGGCACAAUCGCUGCAGAAGGACUUUGCCGCCCUAUACGAUUAUCUGGUCAACAGAGACAUCGUCUGGGACGGAUCCGAGGCGCGGUCGAGCCGGAAGUGGAUGAUGGUGAGCGAGAGUGGGAACCGGGGAUUUGAAGCCGACACUCCGGAUCUGCCUAUGACAGACAUGCUCAUUGAGUUCGACAAUAAGCUUCGCUUCUCGCAUAUCCCCCACCCUUACCCCUUGGUGCCCGAGUCGAUCCCACCACCGGUGGGCGCAAUCGGUUCCAAGAAGAACAAUGGCGCCAACCAGAGUGGCAACCUAUAUAGUCACGGUAAUUCCAGCCGGCCAGGAGCCGUCGAGCGACGCAUUCAGCUUGCUUAUACGGAAGUGACCAACAUAUGCAUCUUGGGCUCCGAGUUCACGCACUCGGAUCUGAUAGACGCGUUCAGCAAAUUUGAGAAGACGGAUCGUAUCAGCGAGGUGGAUCCAUCGACGGCACGCCGGGGCCGCUGGGUGCUGAUUUAUGGCAUUCUCCAGACGCUAGCCAGCGUCUCGGUCGACGCGCCAAACGUGCGCUACAAGGACGAAGUGCCGUACCACCUCUCCCCGCGGCUCAAGGGCGCAAAGAUGCCACCGUGGAAGAGUGGACAGUCGUCACAUAACCACGGCCACGGACCGAUUGGCGGUGCAUCGAAUACAGAGGAGGCGGCCCACGAACUCUCGCACUGCUGGGUUGUGCCGCUCACGUGG